AUGAAGGUCAAGAAAUCGACCAAGAAGCAUACUCAUCCUCCAAAGGAUGUUAUAGCCUUGGCAGACUCAAUCGUCAAGGCGCCUGAUGACGAUCUCAUCAGCGUCUUGCAGCAAUUUGACAGCUGGAAAUAUCCUAGAGGCGAUCUUCAUACCUGGGUCGAUGUGCUCGACCGCUUUGACGACAUUCUUGCCGAUAUCACAAAAAGUUACGAGCUGAACAGGAUACAGACGAAUGAAUUUACGCCAAAAACAAAGCAGCUAGUCCAUCAGAUCCUGCGCGUGCAACGGCUGCUGCUUGAAAAUUGCACCAGUAGAAAAUUGUUCUCCUCAUAUGACCGACUCGCCGACCUUCUCCAUACUUCUGACCUCGAUAUACUAUACUCAACAAUAUUCGUACUCCUUCGUCCCGCUCAACAAUACGCUCGGUCCAUCCCAUUUGAGAAUGCGCAACGUCACUCCAUCCUUCAUCGCCUUUUGACUCUAUCUCGAGGCUGGGAAAGACUCAUAAACGCCGGGCUCGACAUGUCAACGCUUGCGUCCUCUGCCGAGGUAACUCUCCCGGAAGAGCUCAAAUCCGUCCAAAUACAAUACUACCCUACAUCAUCCCAGAAUGCAUCCUCUUCCCCCGCGAAGACUGUUAUGGCGCAAGACACACCAACACGUCUUCGUCCUGCUCAAUUGACAACUCCAUCUGCUUCGUCCAGGUCUCGCUCCGCCAUAGCAAGCGGACCGUCUACCUUAGACCUCGGUAAUGUGACCGCUUGGUCAAGUCCUACAGACCAACUCACUCACCUAUCAGAAUCAAACAGCGUCCCUCUUGAUGAUCAGUACAAUGCCUUAAACAAGAUCCGUCUGUCACAAUUAGGAAAUCUCGCCACAAGGCGGCAACUGCUCGCCAUUCGGCUACUAGCGCUCGCCACUUACAUCUACAUCUCUACGGAUGAUGCAGCACAAUCCGGUCUGUUCCUCUACGAACCAGAUUUGGUACUACAACUUGCCGAAUUGCUCAAAGCCUCUCCGCAUAUCGGAGAACAAGUUACCAUCGCAACAAUCCAUGCGAUUGAUGCGUGCGCACAUCACCGCGCAAAAACAGCAGAGGUCCUGACAGCCGUCAGCGCUAAUGUCCAGCAUGGCAUUCUCGUCACUUUUCUUCGACGGAUGGUAGAACGACUGACCAAAGGAGGUGAGUACGAAAAUAUCGAAUUUAGCUUACAUAUAGAUUCCGUCCCUGUCGACCUGUUCGACGCUGCCAUCUCAUUUGUCGCGUACAUUCCCAACUCACCAGCUCAUGUCAAUAUGCUGAUGGGCGCUGGCAUCUAUCGUAUUCUGUUGGACAUGCUCGGAGCUGCUGGAGAUCGGAGAGAGAGCGUAAGUUAUCCACUUCCAAGCUUCGCUGAUAUUCAGUACAUUCCCCGAGCCACCGGCCUGAUCGAUUCAAUAAUCUUUGCAAGCCCUCAAGCACUAUCAAACUUCAGCAAUGUAGAUGGUGUCAACUUUCUGGUACAUAGGGUGAAGGCCGAGAUAGAAUUGCGGAACGAUGCCGCAACGCCAACACCAACUUCAACUUUGUCAGAAGAGGGUCUGAGGAAUCUUGUGGAUUCGGAACUACCUAAAUGCAUCAAGCUGAUCUUCGAACAACCUGCAAAAUUCGGUCCCCGAGUUUAUGCUAUGGCUAUCAACAUUAUGGCUACUUUUGUUCACAAUGAACCGACGUCUUUGUCAAUCUUGCAGGAACUACAGCUGCCUCAAACACUGUACGCUCAGUUGGAAAAUGAAGUGCCCCCGUCCCCUGAGUCAGGUCUCGAAUAUACGGUCGCUCAUCCCAGUGUUGUCACAAAUCUCAUUUCUGCCGUGAAUAAGCCAAACUAUCAGCACAUAUUCGACGACCGUGAGAACGCCAAGGGUCUCGGUGCCGCACUGGAUGAAUUAUCACGACAUCAACCUCUGCUUCGACCGAUCAUCAUGAAGGCGUCCAUAGACCUUCUUUGUCGGGCUUCAAAAGAUGGAGCUGCUUUCGAGCCUAGCGCAAACGAACGGAAAGAGUAUAUACUGAACGAGAUGUCGUCAAACUUACCUGAAGAUCCAAAGCAACCUCCAGUACCACCAAACAAUCCAUGCCUCGCCUCGUUUUCUCGUAUCUUCAAAGUUCUCAAUGGGCUUGUACGCAACGCGGCAACGUCAAAGGAUUUCAUACAAGGAGGCGGUCUCGAUCAGGUCUUGGGUUUAGCCGAACUUCCUUGCUUACCUAUCCGUUUCGGCACCACAGAAGCAGCUGCAUCCUUGUCUGGCUUACUGAGGCACAUUGGAGAACAUGAUCAUGCGCAGCUCAUUCAUGCCAUCGUAACAUCAGUACAGCAAGCAAUAACAAGUACGUCCGAUCUAUGGGAUACCGACCGUGCCGCUCGAUGGUCUGCAAUGGACGCUGGGGACGACGAUGCAGAUAAUCAACGCUCGUUCAAGAUCGUUCGUAGUCUUGGCUUGAGACUUAGCUUUCUCAGCGAUGUGAUCUUCACCCUGUCCUUCACGAAUGCUCGGAACGCUACCUCUCUCAUCAAGUCUAUCGGUCUAAAUGCCCACCCCGAUUUCCUUUUGGAUCUUGCCCGAGUCCAUCGCGUAGCUUACCAGCAGCAUGUCGUCCUGAAAAAGCGCAAGACUAUCGUCUCUGACGAUCUUGAUUCAACAAAGGCGCAGGCAGUGGAAGAAAGGGACAGUGGGGCAAAAUACCUGGCAACGAGGCUACACGCAGUGUUGACAAAAUUCUUCAAAACUGAACGGAUCGUUGCCCCCAUGGACGAUCUUUCAGCAACAGCCUCCGACACUCGCGAUCAAGAGCAGAAAGAUGCUUUCGUAGAAACCACUGCAGGCGUCAAGAUUGUUUUGCUGUAUUUGUCUGCCUUGGCUUCUACUAAAUCAUUCCUCGAAAACCCGGAGACCCACGCGCUUAAACAACGCUCGGAGAGUCCUCUGGUCGCUGUCAAUGUCUUUAUCAAGAUUCGUCUAGCAAUUUUCCCCUUGGCACAUCGUAUUUGGGAAGCGCCCUGGUUAUUGGAGUGUCCUGUGUCCACUCUGAAACUUGCUGCACGCUGCUUCUCAACCUUGCUUGAAGGCAAGUCAGAAGAGUCCGCAACGGAAGAUGAUUCUUCCCGCAACACUAUAGCUCCUACGAUUCCAACCCUUCCAGUGGCGCGACCAACACCUGUUGUUGCAGAUCCCGUUCGUGUCGAUCAGCUGGUGGAUAUGGGCUUCCCUCGAGGAUCUGCAGAACGAGCCUUGAUCCGCGCACGAAACAAUGUCACCGCUGCAACCGAUCUUAUCCUCAGUAUGCCACAUAUGUUUUCGGAAGAACCGGUCGCCGUGCAACCUGCCGAACAGCUGGAACAAUCUGAAGCACCACCACAACCAGUUGAAGGCUCAUCAUCAGUACCCCUCGACCCUGACGCCGCUCAUGUCGAAAAUCCAUUAAAUCCUGUGAAUGUGGACAUCGUCGAUGAAGAUACCGCCUUGUCCGACCGCGAGUUACUAAAGCAACUUCGUGAACAAUAUCAUCCCCACGCAGCUUCUCGCGCUUUGAUCCUCCUUGAUCACGCGGAAGACCUUGUUUUUGAUGUCUUACCUUGCUUCCCCAUUGGUGAGGAAGGAAUUCGUUACCUCAUAGGUCGAUUGGUAGAUUUAUCCAAACCUUACGAACCCGCUCAUGAGAGCGCCGUCUCUGCCAGGCUUCGACUGAUGUCAUUAUACCUCCGAUCAGCUGAUGGCAUGAUGCUGGAUGAAUCAAGUAUUACCACUGCUAUCGCCAUCUUAUCACAUCUACCACUCGAACAUGAAAGCUCUAGACCUAGGUGGUUCCCAGCGCUCUUGUUAUUCGCCGAGGCUAUAGCGGCCUCAUCACAUGGAAUCAACAAGGUAAAAAUCGGUGACGAUCCUGGACUUGAAAUUUCCACCUCAUCUCCCGCGUAUGCUUCCGUUGCUCCCAAGCUUUCGAAGGCUUGUAUCCAACUCAUAUCGAAGUCUGAUGUGACUCGCAAUGAAUUGGUCUCAGCUUUGAGACUUAUGGUCUUACUGACCAGAGAAGCUGCCCCUCUGGACUCAGACACGCUGCAUAACCUACUCUUGCCUUUCAAGCAACCGUCAGAAAAAGUUUCUGGAUGUCAUUCACUGCUCCUCCUCAUCGUCCGACAUGCCUUCGAAGAUGUGCCCACCCUGACUGAUAUCAUGCGUCAAGAGGUCCGACAUUGGCUCUCACCUACCCGAAGCAAGGUGGUCGAUAUUCAACAUUUCCUCAAGCAGCUUCGUCAAGCAGCCCUGCGCGAACCUCAUUGCUUCGUUCGCGCGGUUGAAGAUGAGUGUGCACUUGUGGACCCCACACCGCCUCAAUCUGUGUAUCAUAUUCGAAGCAAUGAUAAACCAAAGGAUGCAACCGCCUCAACAACGGAUCACUCUGAUCCAUUCCAAGGGUCUGCCAAUGACCAACGUCACCCAUUGAUCGAUCACGUUAUAAGCGAGCUUGGCCAAGCCGUCCGGGAUUCUCUCGAUGGUAGCGACGAUCAAUCCGAACAAGCUGAUCACGCUCACACUUAUGUUGGCUUGCUCAUGUCCAUCUUGACUGAGCUCCUGGGAUCCUAUACUUGUGUCAAGAAAGCCUUCAUUGCUUCAGUACGUGAACAAGGUCUAGGUACAUCAAAAAGCAAGCUCGGCGUUGCAACCCUAAUAUCCGAUCUGGUUUGUUGUGUUGUAUUGCAACCCGAUGUCACCGGUGUUCCACAAUUCGAUCGCGGAUCAAAACCCGCUCGUCGUCUAGCCAUUUCCUCUUGGUCCAGCUCCCUGGUUCUAGCUCUCUGCUCUGAUAUUUCAUUAUCGUCUAAUGCCAAGGAGUCAUCCGAAGAUAUGUCUUUCAUUCGCAAGUCGGUCCUCGAUGCGAUCACCAAAACCCUUCGUGAUCUCGCCACGACCGUGGAUCUUCCUGUCCGUUAUGGUCGUUUAUGGGCUCUGGGUGAGCUCUUAUAUCGUUUGCUUAUAGCUCGUCCUUUGAGUCCUGCUCGGGACUUGAACGAUUCAACACCACACAUCGCAAAAACCAUGCUCGAGAAAAACUUUGUCGGUCUCAUAACAAACGCUUUAGGCGAAAUCGAUUUGAAUUAUCCAGAAGUUCGAAAUGUACUUGUAUCUUUGCUUCGAACUCUUGAUCAUCUUGAGGAUGAGGUCUCGUCCGAUUCUGACACCGAAUCCAACUUCGACAUCGAUAUGAACGAAGAGGACGAAGCAGGUCCUGAUUUAUAUCGUAAUUCAGCGUUGGGAAUGAUUGGUGGAGAAAUGGGUGAUGACGAGGAUGAGGAUGAUGAUGAGGAUGAUGACGAUGAGGACAUGGACAUGGGAGACGAUAUCACGGAUGAUGACGGCGCUACCGAUAUGCAGACAUCGGAGGAUGAGUCGAUGGGAUCCGACCUCGACCCUGACAACUGGACCGACGAUCUUCAUGAGGAAGACGAAGGAAGCGAAGGCGAUGAAGCAAUGGAUCAAGAAGUGAUACUCGGCUCUAAUGAAGAUGACGAAGAGGGGGAGAUUUGGGAUGUAAGCUUCUUUGAGGGUGAUGAUGAACAAGAGCUGGAACUGGAUGAGGAAGACAGCGGGAUGCACAGACACUCUCCCGAUAUCACAGCCCCAUGGGCGUGGGAUCAGUCCAGCUUUCACAACGCCCCGAAUUCAAGACGGCACCGCUCGGUACUUGCUGAAGAUCCUACCGUCAGUUUGUUCGGUCGGCCACCACAACGCUCCUCCGGUAGCACUGUCGCUCAGCAUCCCCUCAUCACUGAUCCUCACUCCCAGUCAGCUCCAAUGCGUGGGCUAUCUCGUCAUGUUGGAGGCAACUACGGCGAUCUCAUCUCCGCUAUCGAAGGUAUGGGCGGUACAGAAGCUGUCCAGAUGCUCGAAAACCUCAUUGCAAGCCGCCAAGUGGGAGGCACCGAAGCGAUUCGAAUUGAUUUCGCGCAAGAUCAGAAUGGUACCGUAGGUCUUUCGGUCGGGGGUCGCACCUUUUCUCUUCAGCCUCCACAAUCACACCACCAGCAAGCAUCAAACAGCGAUGUGCUUUCGGAAUACGUUCCCGUGCCGACCAUGCAACGGUGGCAAGAAGAGAUGAACAUGGCGACAGCCGCCCGUACCGAGUUGAUCAAUCGCUUGAUUAUACACAUCAUCAACCGUCUCAUGCCUGAGGCUCGUCGCCGCGCAGAAGAAGAAUUAGCGAAAAUCAAGAAGGAGGAGGCAGAGGCCGCCGAAUUGGAAGCGGAAGAGCAAAAGAAGAAUCUCGCGUCAGCCACUAGCGUCGCUCUCCCACAAUCCCCACAAAUAGUCCCGGAAGAUAUCGAUCAGCCAAUGGGUGAAUCUAAUCACAGCAGUCUCACACUAACUUCAGCAGAAGAUGCCGAAGUGCCCGAGGUUGUUGCUACGGAAUCACUUGCUCGAACAGUCAUCUCCAUACAUGGCCGCGAUGUUGACAUUACCGACACCGGCAUCGAUCUCGAAUUCCUUCAAGCUUUGCCUGACGAUAUGCGAGCGGAUGUGGUAGAUCAGCAUAUGCGAGAGCAAAACCGACACCGUCGUCCACCUAUUACCGCCGCCAACAUUCCCGAGUCAGCCUCGCAGAUCAACUCAGAAUUCUUGGAUGCGUUGCCACCAGAGAUUCGAGCGGAGGUCAUCAUGCAUGAAGCUAUGGAAGCUGCUCGACGUCAUCCACCUCCCGAUGCAGCCGUAGCACCGGAUGCUGGUCGCGCUGCCGGCUUCCUCGCUGGAUUGACCAAUGAGCUGCGUGAUGUCAUGUUACUUAACCAGCCCGGAGAUCUUGGUCCUCUUCGUGUCGGUCCAUCACGAUUCCCCGAGCCACCAGCAACCAACGCAAAGAAGCCCCACCGUGAAGGAAUCCAAUUGUUAGAAAAACCUGGCAUCGCUUCCCUGGUUCGCCUGUUGUUUUUCCCGGAAACACUGAAAAAGGGUUACCUCUUCAGAGUUCUUGUCAAUCUCUGUGAAAACUCGACUACCCGAAGUGAUCUCCUGAACCUUCUCUUGUCUGUGGUACAAGACGGGUCAGGCGAUCUUCCAGCGGUUGAUCGAAGCUUUCAGCAAAUGUCCCUACGUGGAGUGGUGACGCCCAAGGCGACCCCCAAAAACAGAACGGUUGAGUCUCCGGCUGCUGCUGUUGUGCCAACGAGUCUGUUCAGUCAUCUACAGACCGAACACAUCCCGACAUUCAUCGCUCAACGAUGCUUCGAAGCACUUGUCUACAUCGUCAACUCCAAUGCUUCUGCGGUGCAGUAUUUCCUCAGUGAACACGAACAGCCGGUCGGGUUGAAAAGACAUCUUUCGAAAAAAGGGAAAGGAAAAGACAGGCUUUUACCUCAGACAAAGUUCCCCAUUGUCGUUCUCUUGGGCCUGCUCGAUCGACCUCUUCUCGCCAAGACUCCCGGUAUGAUGGAAACUGUUGCUUCUCUCUUGGUCACAAUUACAAAACCGUUGGCUGGAGAGAAGGCCGACAAUAAACCCGACAACGAUCCAUCCGCAAAAUCGUCUCAACCUGUUAUACCUGGUCCUGUCCUUCGUCUAAUUGUCAAUUGCUUGACUUCUGGGGAAUGCACUAGCCGAACUUUCACAGCCACCCUCGUGGCUAUGCAGAAUCUUGCAUGUCUUCCCGAUGCUAAAGAAGUCAUUUUGCAGGAACUGCGAUCCCGCUGCAAGGAUCUAGGACUAACUGUUUCCGAACAACUAGCUGAACUGGCAUCGGGUCUUCAAGAUAAAUCUACCGACAUUGGAUCGUUGACCUUGACCAACUUUUCGCCUCCCACCUCGACUCAAGCUCAACUACUCCGACUGCUCAAGACCAUUGAUUAUCUUCACCUCAAUAAGGUUGACUCUGACCUACCUUCUCUGCAAAUGACCGAUGAGGAGCAGGCAGUCAACGCUGUAUUCGAGUCUUUCGAAUUCACGCCGUUGUGGGAACAGUUAGGACACUGUCUCAGUCUGGUCGAAUCCAGAGGCAAUACUGAUCAGAUCGCCACAGUUCUUCUCCCUCUUGUUGAGGCUCUUAUGGUCGUCUCGAAAUUCCGAAGUAGAACUCCUCGACAAGCUCGUUCGACAUCCGCCCCUCCUAAUUUCGAGGAUAAUACCGAUUUAUUUGUGUCAUUCACGACCACUCAUCGAAAGGUCCUGAACACAAUAGUCCGGAACAAUCCUUCUCUGCUCAGCGGUUCGUUCUCCCUUCUCAUUGGAAACCCUCGGGUACUUGAAUUCGACAACAAACGUAACUGGUUCUUCCAAAAACUCAAACGCAAGAGAGACCCUACCAUGCCUACUACAGUCAUUCCUCUUAAUAUCCGCCGACAGUAUGUCUUUGAGGAUUCGUUCCACGCAUUGCAGCGUCGGACCGGAGAUGAGAUUAAGUAUGGCAAGCUUAGCGUCAAGUUCUACAACGAAGACGGUGUCGAUGCCGGUGGUGUCACAAGAGAAUGGUACAGCGUACUUGCUCAGCAGAUCUUUGAUCCCAAUUUUGCUCUAUUCGAACCUUGCGCUGCGGAUCAACAGACAUAUCAGCCCAAUAAAGCCUCAUCCGUCAAUGGCGAUCACCUUGCUUACUUCAAGUUUGUUGGCCGGGUGAUAGGAAAAGCGGUUUACGACGGCCGACUGCUCGAUGCUUACUUCAACAGAGCCUUUUACAAGCAAAUUCUGGGCAGAACAGUUGAUAUGCGAGACCUAGAAAGCAUCGAUCCAGAAUACCAUAAAUCCCUUCAAUGGAUGUUGGAUAACGACAUCACUGGCGUCAUUGACCAAGAAUUCACAAUUGAGGAUGAUCAAUUCGGCGAGAAAAAAAUCGUCGAAAUCAAACCUGGCGGUUCGGCCAUUCCAGUCACCGAGGAAAAUAAAGAGGAAUAUGUUAAACUUGUAGUGUCGUAUCGAUUGGAUAAUUCCAUUAAGGAUCAGAUCAAGGCAUUCCUUGACGGAUUUUAUGAUAUAAUACCUCGACAGCUUAUCCAGAUAUUCGAACCUGAUCAAUUGGAACUUUUAAUCUCGGGUAUUACCACUGUCGAUGUGGAUGAGCUCAAAAAUGCCACACAGUUGAGCGGCUGGAAAGCAACCGAUCCUGAGAUAUCUUGGUUCUGGCGAGCUUUGCGAAGCUUCUCGCAGGAGGAGCGGUCAAGAUUUCUCAUGUUCGUUACCUCUUCGUCCCGAGUUCCUCUCGGCGGCUUUGCCCAGCUUCAGGGUAGUUCGGGAACGCAACCUUUCCAGAUGCAAAAGCUCUAUGCAAAAGAGGGAAGUCUGCCCCAAGCCAGUACUUGCUUCAAUCUCCUCCUUCUCCCCACGUAUGCUUCGUAUGAGCAACUCCGGGAGAAGCUACAGUUUGCGAUCAUGGAAACAGGUGGUUUCGGCAAGGCGUAG